CCUCUCCCUCUCUCACUAUUCACAGUGCGCACUGUUCAAAAGCCAUGAGCACUAUUGCUACCGCUGCUGUUCUGUCUCUUCCAAUCUCGCUGUGUAGACCAUCCAAGAUUAACACUAAAAAGGUUUAUAGUGCGUUCAAGGAGGAUUCAGGGUAUUAGCUGUUAUUGGGAGGGCAAUGGCUUGGUAGAUAAAAGAAUGGGUGGAGCACACUCUUUGAUGUGGAGGAUCCAAGGUCUAAAGUUCCUCAACGUAAAGGAAAGUUUUUGCAUGUGAACCAAGCGCUUAAAGUUGCUAGGUACGAUAUUCAGUACUGUGAUUGAAAGGCUCGACAAGAUGUGCUCACAAUUAUGCUUCUCCAUAAGAAGGUUGUUGAAGUUCUAAAUCCUUUAGCACGUGAUUACAAGUCCAUUGGCACAAGGAGGAAAGAGCUUGCUGAGUUGCAAGAAGAACUAUCUCUGGCUCAUAAUCAGGUUCAUAUAUCUGAAGCAACUGCUGUCACUGCUUUGGAUAAACUAGCUCACAUGGAAGCAUUGGUUAAUGAUUGGCUGUUACAAGAUAGUAACACCUCAGACUCCAAUCAAAGUUGCUUGUCAGCUUGUACUUCUACGCAAUCGCUGGAUACCAUUAAAGCUAAGUUGCCCCAGAAAAGCUUGAAUGUCUCCGGUCCAGUUCAAUCAUAUCAUCCCCAAUUGAAAAACUUCUGGUACCCAGUUGCUUUCAAAAAUAUUAUAAAAACUUGAACCAGAACA